GCAACAGCAACAGCAACAGCAGCAGCAACAGUAGUAGCAGCUGCACCAUGGCCGCCAGCUCGUCCGCCCCUCCCGGCAACUUCGGCCGGCCGGAUCUUUCCUCCUCCCGGGCCGCCGGCCCCGGCGGGGUGGUCUCGCUGGAGGAGGCGUGCCGGCUGUUGCUGGCCCAGCACGUGGUGGCCUUCCCGACGGAAACCGUGUACGGCUUGGCCGCCGACGCGCGGUCCUCCACGGCCGUCGGGCGGAUCUACGCCACCAAGGGCCGGCCAUCGGACAACCCGUUGAUCGUCCAUGUGGCUGGCAAGUCCCAGCUCCGGCAAUUCGUCGACGUGGACGCCCUGCCGCCUGUGGCACACACCCUCAUGAGCCACUUCUGGCCCGGGCCCCUGACGCUGAUCCUCCCCAUCCGGCCGGGGACACUGUCCCACCUGACCACGGCCGGCCUGUCGACCGUCGGCGUGCGCCAGGUUGCCCACCCCAUCACCCAGAAGCUCCUGGAGAUGGUUGACAUCCCGGUGGCCGCCCCCUCGGCCAAUGUGUCCGGGCGACCGUCGCCCACUUGCGCGCAGCACGUCCUCGACGAUUACGACGGCGCGGUCCCCGUGCUGGAGGGCGGUGUCAGCGGGGUCGGCGUCGAGUCCACCAUUGUCGAUUGCACACUUCCCGCCUCGGCGGCCACCGACGAUGGCGGGCUCCCCUGGGUGGCUCUCCUGCGGCCGGGCGGUGUGCCGGUGUCGGCGCUGCUGCCCUUCUGCCGGGUCCGCCUGCCGGAGGCCGACCUGGCGCCCUCCGGCCCAUGCGGCCACGAUGCCCAAGCCACCAGCAUCUCCUCCUCCGGGCAGCAGGUUGUCAGCCUCCCGGCGGCCGAGGCUCCCCGGGCCCCGGGCAUGAAGUAUGCCCACUAUGCGCCCCAGGCGCCGGUUCAGCUGGUGGACGGGUCCACCGGCUUCAUGGUUCGCAUGAUCCACGAGGCGUGGGCUGGGCCCGGCAGCCGGGCCGAUGGGGCCCGGCGGGUCGGUGUCCUGACCACCGACGAGGCGGCCCGGCAGAUCACCCGGCAGCUGGGCUUCCCGGAGGAUGCGUGCGUCCGGCCGGCCCCGGCCUCCUCGAGUGGCGAUGGGCCCCGGUCACCCGGCCCCCCUCCCCCGGCGCGGACCUUCGCCGACAUCCUGCCGAAUGAUGUCCUCCCCCGGGCGCGGAGUGUCCCCCACCCGGAGGACCCGGCCCGCGAGCUGGUCCUCAUCUCCCUCGGGCCGGCGCACGACGUGGAAACCGCCGCCCGGACACUGUACCACACCCUGCGCGAGUUCGAUCGCCUCGGGGCCGAUGCCAUUCUGAUCAGCGCCCCGCGGCGCUUCGAUGCCGACACCGGGGCCGCCGAGGCCGAUCGCGAUGUUGGCCUUGGCCUGGCCUUGGUGAACCGCCUGGUCAAGGCGUCCGCCCACCGGGUAGUCGCCGAGGGGGGCCCGCAAUAGAGCCACAUCGGCGGCGGGAGAGAACGCGCGCGAGAAGGAGGAGAGGCAUGCGCGCGCGCGCGCGCGCCAGUGCGUGCGUACAUGUGCACCUAUGUGCGGGUAUAUGUCCGCAUGUGCCCCUCUCGCCUGCUCCUCCCUCCAGCCCCCCCCCC